UCCUGCUCCUCUCGUCUCGUCUUUCCACCUCUCUUUUUUUUCCCCUUCCAUCCUCACCGUCGCUUUUGCCCAUUCCUACCAUUCUUCUAUCCUCUGUAUCACGUUCUUUCCUUCUCUUGUUGUUCAAUCCUCAACCUUCGAGUUGUGCCUUUCACUCCUUCAAGGCCCUCGAACCACAUUCAUUAAGCUCUUUGCUUCUAUUUUUCCAUUCGCUCCAAUCCAAUACAGUCUUUACCCAACCCCACCCCUUUGCAACAGCACGACCAUUGGAGACGUCGAACUCGCUGGGCUACGAAGUCAUUUUCCAUCUCGCUGCUCGGAUCAGCCAUCGGAAAUCCCUUCCCACCCUAACGAAGCAACGUCAACCUCCCUAUACAACCCUCCUGCCUACGAGCAUUUCAAUCCUUUUUCAGACGGCAAACCAGAGAGACACGCGAAUAAUCCACCAUGGGUAACCCUGACAUCAAGGUCGACCCAAUGGACGCGAUGGACUCGCUGUCGGACCCUACAGACCUUGACCUCGACAUCUCGGUCGAAUCCACUCCAUCCCCCAAUGCCAGUCAACACACGCAGACGACGCCGGCGACCUCGAAUAGUUCAGCUACCCAAGGUUCCGCGUCGGCUCCGCGCCGUCCUCCUCGCAAGAGCACCUUGACGCAGCAGCAGAAAAACCAAAAGAGACAACGGGCCACACAAGAUCAGUUGGUGACUUUGGAAAUGGAAUUCAACAAGAAUCCCACUCCCACGGCUGCCACUCGUGAACGUAUCGCCCAAGAGAUCAACAUGACGGAACGCUCCGUCCAGAUUUGGUUUCAGAACAGUCGUCGACGCGCCAAGAUCAAGAUGCUUGCGAAGAAGAGCCUGGAAAAUGGCGAGGAUUUGGACAACAUCCCAGAGUCCUUGAGACAGCUGCUGGCCAUGCAGGCCAUGGAAUCUGGAAGGCCAUUUCCUCGGCAGCUGCUGCGACCUGGCGGGCCAAUGGCACAGUACGGGAGCGGUGCUAUGCUGAUGAAUGGUGAUCCGAACGCGCAAGGCAAAGUUGUCAUUCAACACUUUACCUGUCGGUCUCUGAGCAUCGGUUCUUGGCGUCGAGUGGGCCAGAACGCCAUGGAUCUGGUUAUUUUCUACUCGCCUGACAAGGCAUGCAUCACAUACUACAUCAACAAUGACUCGGCCGGCUACAAGAUCGAAUUCCCCUUUGCCUUCAUCAAGAGCAUUCAGUUGGAACCCGGUGACACGGCGCCCACUGUAAAUGGCGCUCCGCCGCGGCCAGGGGGACUGGUCAUUGAGUUGAACCGGCCACCCAACUUCUUCAUGGAUUCAUCCAACUCGGGAGGUUUCUACCAAUGUGGUGACUUCACCGAGGACCAGCAAGCUUCUCAGAUCUUGGUUCACCAUCUCGGUGGGCAUCCCAAGGUACUGAGCGGUCAGCUUGCCAAGCUGGUGUCACUGGAAGCGUUCCAGAACCGACUGAACCCGUUCGAUAUCAACGCCAUGCCUGCGUCUGCGCCCGUGUCCCCGAAUAUGGGUAUUGUGCGCCCGGCGUCGCAACCCAAUGUCCAAUUCGCCCGGCCUCAGCCUCCUCAUGUCGGCAUGUUCCAAGAACAGUUCGGCGUGCAGCAUCAUCUUCAUCCGGGACGGAUGCACCCAGGCCACAAGCGACAAAGGAGUCGAUCUGUCCCCAUUGCCAUUGACUUUUCCAUGCUCCACGGACCCAUGCCAACAUUCCACAUCCAACAGCCCUCGCCUCAACUGGCACCCGACCAGCACAACCUCUUCCAACCCAUGCCACAACAUCCUGUCCAGGCACCUCUGGGUCCCAGCUUGCAGAUCGAUACGUCAGCCGGAUAUGGCAUGGACUUCCGUCAAAUGCCCAUGUCUGCCACCGCCACAUCACCGUCGGAAUUCGCCAGCCCCGGCUUCUUCCCGUCCAACCCAGCUCAACCCCCUAUGCAGGCAUCGGAUUUCGGCACACCCCAGCAGUUCAGUGCGCCGUUCUUGUCGCCAUCUCCCAUGGUUGACCAUACGAUGAUGCCGAGUUCGGUGUCUCCCAUGCCACACAUGGGCCAUCCGGACCCAGUGAUUGCCGACCACUCGCCACCUUUGUCGGCUUUGCACCGUAGCGCGUCGGCAGACAUGUUCAACGCGCACGGCAUGAUGGACGAGACACUGAUGUUGGGGGAGAUGUAUUCGAAGCAAAAUCUCAACAUGCCCAUGCCCAGUCCUGGGUUGGAUGAGAAUGGCAUGCUGAUGAUGAACGACAUGUCGGAGUUCCACACGCCUCGGGAACACAUGGACAUGCCGAUGACGCCGUUUGGCACCGUGGACCCUCACGCGCUACAAGCUGGACUCCAUCACUAAAACCCACCCGAACGACCUUCCCUGUAUCAGUUUGACAUGACCUUGAUGCCUCCCCUAGAAUCUUAACUCUUGGAAACACGCCUUUUCGCACAAAUUGGAUACACAAUACUUCUCAGCACUGUCGGGACGGCGCUCAUCAUUUAUUGAUCUUUUACCACCCGUUACAUAUGGAUAUCUCUUGUUAGUGUGUGCGCGGCUCCGGGCCGCUGCCAGCUGUCUGAUAGCGUGGAUUGCUGUCUCUUCGGUUCUUGAUUUCCGUGCCAUUUCCUUUCGUUUUUCAAAUUGUCUAGUCAUGUGGUUAUGUGUCAGCAACGACUUUUUUGCUUCUUGCAAUUUGGGGGGUUUGGGCCAUGGGACAUUUUUGUUGGGUUGUGCGCGCUUCGUCGAUUUUUGGGGGUUUUGUUGUGGAAGUUACAAAAGCAUGAACUGGGAUACUUCAGCCCGGAUGAGAGAUUCCCGACUGAUGAUCCUGACCACUGUCUCGGCCAUGCCCAUGAGCAUUGGCGAGCAGUUGUCUCGUGCUUGGGCCAAAAAAAGGGAAUCCAAGUCCGCGGCGUCUGAACCGAUGCACCGGGCGAAUUAAUUCUUUUCUCUCGCAUAUAUCGAGCAUGAUUCCCCAGGGAAGUUUGGGGAACAUGGAGAACAAAUCUAGCCUUUCUGGCAGUUUCUGGAAGAUUGGAGGCAAGUUGAUCUACGAUCAACACUUGGAGAGGCUGGGGGUUUGGCACUGGGUGGAUGGGCGGUCGGCGUUGACACCAAAGAUGUCGAAAGGGAUGUCGAAAUUGAGAAGGCUGUGGCGGGACCUAGCAAGCACAGCACAUGCGAUGCUGUGUUUGGGGAGGGAGAAUGUCAAUGGUGGUGGUGGUGGUGGUUGAUCUACUUAUAUUCCUAGCAUUGCAGAGCAGAGCGACCCAUUAAUAUCGUGGGCAAUUUCUAGCCGUUUUUGUGUUUGACAGACCCCGCCAGAUGUGUUUCAACUAUUGAUUGCUGAGCCUCGAUGUUUGACGACGAAGGCCCGACUAUUUCCUUGGGGCAGACACGACAAGAUUAAAACGUGGCACGAGGGGGUCCUCCGCGGUGGGCGCGGGCGUGGGCCAGG